CAGAAGCGUUUGUUGGAAUAUGUGAGGAAGUCAAGCCCACCACCUUUCUUGUUGAAGACCUACAUGCUGGUGGAGGAUCCGGCGACGGACGAUGUGAUAUCCUGGAACGACGAUGGGUCGGCGUUCGUGGUGUGGCAGACGGCGGAAUUUGCCCGGGAUCUCCUCCCAACACUCUUCAAGCAUAGUAACUUCUCUAGCUUUGUCAGGCAGCUAAAUACUUAUGGAUUUCGCAAAGUUGCCACAAACAGGUGGGAGUUCUGCAACGACAAGUUCCGAAAGGGCGAAAAGGAUCAGCUAUGUGACAUCCGUAGAAGAAAAGCAUGGGCCACCAAACAACAGCCGAUCAACAAUGCAGUAACCCAACAAGCUGGAGCAGCUGCACUACUACCAAAUGAGUUUGAUGAAGACCAAAGGUCCUCCUCAACUUCAUCAUCAUCCGAGUUCAGCUCUCUCGUCGACGAAAACAAAAGGCUGAAGCAGGAGAACGGGGUUUUGAGCUCGGAGCUGACGAGCAUGAAACGGAAGUGCAAGGAGCUUCUUGACUUGGUGGCAAAGUAUGGAGACUCGGCUGAGAAAGAGGAGGAAGAUAAUGAAAGAGUGCUAAAGUUGUUUGGAGUGAGAUUGGAGGUUACUGGAGAGAGGGAGAGGAAGAGAAAGAGAGCUGAAAUUAGUGCAACCGCAAACGUUUUACUAUCUCAAGCAUGCAAAUAAAAAAGGCGUCGUCCAUUUAUUUGUCUAGAAAAAUAAAGUGGCUUAGGUAGACUAAUUAAAUUACCAUAUGUAUAAAUUAUUCAUGUAUGAAACGUCUGUAAAUUCUUAUAUUUGCAGUGCUAGAACCAAGGGGAAUAAAAGAGGUAAUCAGACUUGUAAACUGGUGUAACAUAUUUGAAAUAUUUCCAUUUAUUUAAAUUGAAUAUUUUCUUUAA